AUGACUAAAGAAAUGGAUACCAAACAGAAUUUCAAAAAUAGGACUAUUAAUGUGGAUCUUUAUAGUGAUACUAAAAUUAUAGAUGUAAUUAAAGAAGUAGAAGAGAUAGUUGGAGAACAUAGUGUGAUUUAUGCUUGCCCUAUACAAGGUAAUUUAGAGCUAACCUUUGAUUCAAUCGAUAGACUUAAACAUCUAAAUGAAACACCCAUUAUAGUUAAUAAGCAAGAACUGAAAUAUACACCCGUUGGCUUCAAAUACAUGAUUGUUUCGUUUAUGCAUAUCCCUUGCUAUAUAUCCGAUCACGAACUUUUAGCGAAACUAAAAGGUUGGAAUGUAAGGCCGUUGGGCGAGGUUAGACGCCGUCAUAUGAAAUAUGGAGAUCGAGAGAUUCCAGAUGGCACUAGAUAUGUGAAGUGCGAAUUCCCCCCUAAUGUGAGCAGUCUGCCGUAUGCGACUUUGCUUGAUGGUAAAUCCUUUAUCAUCAAACAUAACAACCAAUCUAAAGUCUGUUUUGGAUGCCUUAACCCAGACCAUGAAGUUAAGAAUUGUCCUGAAUCUUUGUGCAAAAGGUGUGAACAAAAAGGCCAUAUAAGGAAAUUUUGUGAAGAGAGUCUGUGCGUGAACUGUGGUGAAUAUAACUACUUGUGUAAAUGUGCUACUAACGAUCUAGACGCUGAACUGAACUUAACCCGUGAACCUAAUCCUAAUCAAAUUAAAGAGACCUUAUCACAAAAUACUGAAUCGAACACUUAUGACGACGAUGAUACUAUUACCUCCCAUCCUACCUCUAGUGAAACCACAAUAGACAGAUCAAAACCUCAAAAAAGAACCCAGAUAGAAAUUAUAACACCUCCUAAGAAUGAAAAUAAAAAAGGCAAAACGUACAACCAGGAAGAUGCCAGUGCUAGUGACGAUGAAACUAUGAAUUAUGAUACUAAUUCCUCCCCUGUUCCCAACGUGAAUGAUGAAUCCCACCCUGAUACCUGUGAUACUGAUACCUCCCGCCCUGAAAAACCUACACUUAAAAACAUUCCUAGUAAAUACUCUCUGCCCCCCAAACCCAAUACUUCAAGUUCAACCCUUAAAGAAAAAUUUGCUAGCUCAAUUAAAACUCUCGAAAAUAUCGAUAACAUAGUGACCAAAAGAGAAAUGUUUCGAAAGGAGUUGACCGAUCCCCGCUCUGUCCUCAAUACAAGAAAUCGCUUCAAAGUAGAUCCCGUUAAACCAAACUUAAAUGCUGUAAGAAAAUCAAAAAGUGGCGAAUCCCUAGUUUAA